GAAGAAGCAGACGACUGUAACUUAGAGGAAAAGGAAGCGAACGUAAGAGAUGAAGGGUUCGACGGAGACGAAGUUCUUGCAGGAACUAGUGCUGUAUGCCGCCAGCGCCGCCCUCAGUUGCCUGGUGCUGUUCGCCGGCCUCAAACACCUCGAUCCUAAUCGAGAAUCUUCGAAGAAAGCCCUUGAACAGAAGAAAGAAAUCUCCAAGCGCUUAGGUCGCCCCCUUAUUCAUACAAAUCCCUACGAGGAUGUGAUUGCAUGCAACGUGAUAAACCCUGAUCACAUUGGCGUUGAAUUUGACUCCAUUGGAGGGCUGGAAACCAUCAAACAAUCACUUUAUGAACUGGUGAUAUUACCUCUACGUAGGCCUGAGCUUUUCUCCUAUGGAAAACUCCUCGGCCCCCAAAAAGGCGUUCUUUUAUAUGGCCCACCAGGUACAGGGAAAACCAUGCUUGCAAAAGCUAUUGCCAAAGAAUCUGGUGCUGUUUUCAUCAAUGUCAGAAUAUCAGAUCUCAUGAGCAAAUGGUUCGGAGAUGCACAAAAACUCGUUGCUGCAGUGUUUAGUUUGGCUUACAAACUCCAACCUGCUAUAAUAUUUAUCGAUGAGGUGGAUAGUUUUCUCGGUCAACGCCGGACUACAGACCAUGAAGCAUUGACCAAUAUGAAGACCGAGUUUAUGGCUUUAUGGGAUGGUUUCACUACAGAUCAUAAUGCUCGAGUGAUGGUUCUUGCUGCAACAAACCGGCCUUCCGAGCUGGAUGAAGCAAUACUGAGACGACUUCCACAGGCAUUUGAGAUUGGGAUACCUGAUCGCAAAGAAAGGGCUCAGAUAUUAAAGGUGGUUUUGAAAGGUGAAAGAGUAGAUGACCAAAUUAACCUCGACUCCAUAGCUGCAUUGUGUGAAGGUUACACCGGUUCAGAUCUUCUAGAGCUCUGCAAACAAGCUGCCUAUUUCCCCAUCAGGGAUCUUCUAGAUGAUGAGAAGAAAGGAAUUAAAACAAAUGGGCCAAGGGCAUUAUCACAAGCGGAUUUGGAGAAGGUGGUGCUUACAACAAAGAAGACAAGGGUUGCAGCAAGUGAGUAUAGUGGUUUGAGCAGCUCACAAUCAGAAGUGUGGUCAGUGCCAAGGGAAACGGAUGAUUAUCAAGCUGCCAUUAGUGAGCUUUCCAAGAUUGUUGUCUCGCAGAUUAUGAAUAUUAGAGCAGAAAACCAAGAUCGUGAUUGAAGAUCAAUUCAUAUUCUCUCUCAAUUUUGAUUAGUCAGGAUUUAUAUGUCGUAUUAUGGUAUGAUGUACAAUAUACUUAUGCGAAAAGUUAUCUUAUUACCACAUGCUUUUGGUUUUUGUUUAGUUUGAUUAUGUAACUUUCAGUGCUAAGUUAUUGUUUUUUUUUUUUUUCCUGAAUUCUGUAUCAGUUUUUUAAUGACAGAAU